AUGUCUCAAGAGUACAACUAUACUGAUCCCCUAAAUUUGGUAGUAGCAGUCUUAAUGGGAACGAUUGGAAUGUUUGGCGUUUUCUGUAAUUCUGUAAUAAUUUACAUUUUUCUGAAAGAGAAAUCUGAGAAAACCGCGUUCAACGUAAUUUGUUUCUUUCGGGCUAUUUCCAAUGUCAUUAUUCUAACAAAUGUUUUUCUAAUCAAUUUUUUGCCCAAAACAUUACUAGGAUUUUCUCCCUAUCCACCAGUAAUUGAAUCUUGGCUCAUUAAUACAUCAAACACUCUGUAUCUCGGAAAUGAAUAUCAAAUAGUUUUAGUGGCUGUAAAUAGAUUUUGUGCAUUGUUUUUUCCAACAAAAUAUUCGAAAAUAUUUUCUGUAUCUCAUACUACAAUAAUUCUUAUUCUUAUUUACUUCUAUAGAAUUGCAAAGAAAAUAUAUGAACUCUUACCCGAGUCAGCAAAAGGGUGUCAUGCACUUUACUCGACUGAAGCUCUUGCUUGGUAUUACAGCACUGCACCAGAAUGUACUUGGGUUGAUAACGCUCUAGAAGUGAUAAAAUAUACUUUCAUGUCGAUGGCUUUUUUGAAUUGUAUCACUUUUCUUAAGAUCUUACAUUUUUACAGAAAAUCCAGAAAGACACAAGAAGCCGUUGAAGUGAAGAAGAGAUGGCGAAAAAAUAUCGCGUUAUUUUUACAAACAAUUCUUCAAGAUUCCCUUUACUUUAUUGAUAUGACUUUUACAUUUGAAUUAAGUUCCUUGAGCACUAAUCGCGUAUGGACGUAUUUCAGUGGAACUUUUAUUUGGGAAUGCCUACAUUCUUUUGAUGGUUUCAUUAUGGUAUUGUUCAACGAGAAAGUGUCAUUUUUCAAAAGUAAAUCAAAAAAUACAACUGUACAUCCAACAAUUGUCGGUGAACGGACACGGCAUGGACCUGUCUCUGUAACAACAUGUUCUUCAGCAAAGUAA